AUGUCAGCAGAAAUCACUCACCACCCGCUCCCUUGCUCAUAUUGCAACAGCCGCGACACAAUCCAUCCACCGCCCCGCCCCGACCCGCCCCUUCUACACCUUCAUUUCUUUUUCUCUGAUGUGCUUCUUCCCUCUCUCCCUAUCUAUCUAUCUAUAUAUAUAUAUAUCAGUUUAUCAUUAUCUCUCUAUCUCAGUCUGUCAUUAUCUAUCUAUCUAACUAUCUAUCUAUCUAUCUAUCUUUCUUUUCCGCUUUCUUUUUCUUUUGAUAUUUCUCUGUUUUUCACUCGCUUUUACACACAACCUCUCUCUCUCUCUCUCUCUUUCUUUCUUUCUUUCACCUCAUUUUCAUUCAGAUAUUCUUUCUUAUUUCGAUUACUCUCUCUCUCUCUCUCUCUCUCUCUCUCUCUCUCUCUCUUUCCCAUUUUCUCCAUUUCUUUCUCCUUUUCUGUUUUACUUCUUAUUUUCAUAUCGAUUUCCUUUCUUACCCUGAUUAUCCCCCUCUCUUUCUUUUUCUCUCUCUCUCUUUCGUUUUCCUAUUAUUUCACCCUCUUUUUUUCAUUCAUUCUUCCCUCCUUUUUCUUAUCCUUUUUUAUUCUUAUCUUUUUUUCUUUCUUUCUUUUCUCUUCUUUUAUGAUUCUCUCUUCAUUUCGUUUCUCCCUUUUCGUCCCUAUGCAAAUGGUACCUUCCCCCUAUGUUCUUCAGUUAUUUAUUCAUCUCCGUCUGUUUCGUUCCCUUUAA